AUGGAAAAAUGGGGGGAUGAGGGAAGCCAGAACCCAGGACCAGGAAAUAUGGGAAUAAUGGGGAUGAGAGGCGUUCUCGCUGUCGUGCUGCUGGCGGUUUGUUUGAGCCCACAAGCGGUUUCGGGCAUCAGAUUUGUGAUUGACAGAGAAGAAUGCUUCUCUCAUGAUGUUAAGUACGAUGGAGACAAUGUCCAUGUAUCCUUUGUUGUGAUCAAGUCCGAUUCAUCUUGGCGUAACAACGCCGAGGGAAUUGAUCUUGUGAUCAAGGGGCCUAACGGUGAGCAGAUGCAUGAUUUUCGUGACAAAAUCAGCGAUAAGCACGAGUUUGUGGCUCGUCAAAAAGGAGUCUAUCGUUUUUGCUUCACAAAUAAGUCUCCCUACCAUGAGACGAUAGACUUUGAUAUUCAUGUAGCCCACUUCUCGUACUAUGAGGAGCAUGCAAAGGAUGAGCAUUUGAAGCCUCUGAUACAUGAGAUAUCGAGGUUGGAGGAUGCGCUGUACAACAUCCAAUUCGAGCAGCAUUGGCUGGAGGCACAGACUGAACGCCAAGCUUUAAUAAAUGAUGCAAUGGGGCGAAGGGCUGUUCAUAAGGCGUUUUUUGAGUCAGCCGCUCUCGUCGGAGUCAGUAUUCUUCAAGUUUACCUUCUCCGCCGCCUCUUUGAACGAAAGCUGGGCGUCUCUAGGGUCUAG